AUGGUUCCUUGGGUUUUCUUCCAAGGAAAAGGGCUAAUCGACAUCGUGGAAAAGUUUGUGUUUCCAGUGAAGGCCUUCCCUAAGGAUGAUCCCACUAAGCCUUGCAGGCUCACCUCCUUCUUGGGAUAUAAAGCUGGAAUGACUCACAUUGUUAGAGAGGUCGAAAAACAUGGAUCAAAGCUCCACAAGAGGGAAACUUCUGAGGCUGUGACUGUGAUUGAGACACCUCCAAUGGUGGUUGUUGCUGUGGUAGGGUAUGUGAAAACUCCCCGUGGUCUGCGCACUCUGAGCACUGUGUGGGCUCAGCACUUGAGCAAAGAAGUAAAAAGGAGGUUUUACAAGAACUGGUGCAAAUCCAAGAAGAAGGCUUUCACCAAAUAUGCAUUGAAACAUGAAACUGAAGAAGGUAAAAAAGACAUUCAAAGUCAAUUAGAGAAGAUGAAGAAGUACUGCAAUGUCAUCAGAGUCAAUGGUGGAGAUAUUGCAAAGGAGGUUGACUAUGCUUAUGGUUUAUUCGAGAAGGAAGUCCCUGUUGAUGCGAUCUUUCAGAAAGAUGAGAUGAUUGACAUAAUCGGUGUUACUAAGGGAAAAGGUUAUGAAGGUGUGGUGGCUUGUAUCGGUGCUUGGCAUCCAGCUAGAGCUGGGCAAAACGAGUACCAUCACCGUACUGAGAUGAACAAGAAAGUUUACCGGGUAGGGAAAGUUGGCGAAGAGGCUCACUCAGCGAUGACCGAGUUUGACAGAACCGAGAAGGAUAUUACACCGGUGGGAGGAUUCCAGCACUAUGGGGUAGUGAAGGAAGAUUACUUGAUGAUCAAGGGCUGUUGCGCAGGUCCCAAGAAACAGGUGGUGACGUUGAGGCAGGUAUUGAGGAAGCAGACGACUAGGAUUCCUUUGGAGGAGAUCAAACUUAAGUUCAUUGACACUUCUUCGAGAUAUUGUUGUCCCUGUCGUUUCCGGAACCAGGGACAGGGAUUAUUCAUCAAUCCCGGGGUUCAAGAGACAUUCAAGUUCUAUGGUAGAGUCAAAGCUUAG